AUGACUGAACACAGCACCAAUGGACCUGGAUUUGGCGCAACGGAGACUAUAUCGGGCACGACUGAACACAGCACCAAUGGACCUGGAUUUGGCACAACGGAGACUAUAUCGGAAACGACUGUAUCUGCCACACCAAUUUCUGCCUCGCCAUCCACAACAUAUUUAAGCGACGUUAGUUCAACAUCAACACAGACUAUCUCUGCUACGGUUCUCGAUAAGACCCAAUCGGAUUCUAACAUUGCCACAUCAUCCUUAGACGAUGUUUCCGGUGUAUAUACUAUCACAUCGACGGAGUCUGCUUCCGGAUCACUUCAGAGCACUGCUGUGUCAACAUGUCAGAGCUCGACCAGUUUCGACACUGAUUCAUGUUGUUGUGUGUGUGCUCCUCUAUAUCAAGACACCACAGCUAAUAUUGCGAACAUACUGGAGGAGUUCAGACAAAUUCUUACGGUCGACAGAGCCUCGCUUUCGUCCACAUACCGCCGGAAACACAGCAUGGCAGACAACCGGAACACGUCAGUCUAUAUGGGUUGUGUGGCCAUCGUUAUCCUUGUCGUUGUUCUCGUUACUAUUAUAUUUCUGGACUUGUCACACUUUCUUUUCCGACGAUGA